AACCCAACCCAACCCAACCCAACCCAACCCAACCAUUCUGUGGCUCUGUGGUCUAUAAGACCCCUUCCAACCCAACCGAACCAACUCUAUAUCUCUGUGGUCUUCAAGAUCCCUCCCAAACCAACUCAACCAUUCUUUGUCUCUGUGAUCUUUAAGAUCCUUCCCAGCCCAACCCAUUCUGUGACUCUGUGACCUAUAAAGGUCCCUUCCAACCCAACUCACUCUAUGAAUCUCCAGUUCCCCAGGCCGGACCAAGCUCCGAGGCCCCUUCCUCCCUGUUGGAUUCCACCUGGGGCAUGUGCUCCCACCCCAGGCUGCUCUCCAGGUGAAUUUCCCCGGUGUGCAUGGCCAACUGUGUGGUCUUGGUUGUGCUUCUUCCGUGUUUGUCUGUCUGUCCAUCCCGUUGGCUUUUUUUUGACCCGUAGUGUGUUUGAACGUAGCUACAUCCACCUGUGUUGCUCCCACGUGUGACGGCGCACCCAGAGCUCUGGGCAGUCUCCUGUUUGAUUUUAUUUGUCAUUUUCUGCACAUUGUUGGAUUUCCAAGUCCUCACCCCUCACCGGUGCCCGGCUGGACAGGGCCAGUCCCCGGGAGAGCAGAGUGGCAGCACGUAGGACUCUCAUGCCAGAUGCCACCCACCACCGCUGGGCUGCCGGUUCCUCCUGGAUGCCACCUGCAUGGAUCAGGUCUGCUUUGCUCCAGGCUGUGCCGCACAGCAGCUUCCAGCAGAGGGUGGGAACUCCAUUGCUGUCUGCCCGGCGGAGGUGGUGGAGCCCAGGGCUGCGGCUGGGGACGGGGCACUGCUGUGGGCAGGGUCGUGCCUCGGUCUUAGCACAGCACAUCUCACUUUGUUCACCCACGGUUGGCAGCAGGAGGGCUGCUGUCUGUGCACUCCGUGCUGCUCCUAAUAUCCAACCUAAACCUCCUGCUGUCACACAGCACGCUGCAGGUGGGGAAGCUGUGGGCUCUGUGAUGCAGGCAGCGGUCGGGGCCACUUUUGAGACUGAGCAGAGCUUGCUGCUGACCCCACAUCAGGACAGCACUCAUCAGCAUUCACGUGAUUAGAGCUGCUUGCAAUGCGACGCAGCCAGUUCCAUCCUCAUUCAGCUGAGCUGGCAUUGCAGACAACGUCACAGCCCUGCACGCGUCCCUUUGGGGUCACACAGCUGUGCUGCCCCGCUUCCAGCACAGCCCCACUGAGCCCCAAGCACAGGCAGGACAGGGACGGGCACUGCAUGCAGCCCAGCAGGGCCGUGUCGGUGUGGGCAGUGGGCAGAGCCCCCACGCAGCCCCCUUGUGCAGCGUUGUUCCCAUGGAAAACAUCCAACAGCAGUGGAACGAGGUGUGAAAUCCACUCUGGCUUUCACUGGUGCUUGCUUAGCUGGGUGCUUUAAGUGUUUUCUUAGUGCAGGUUUUGCAUUUACUUUUUGGGAAGGGUGAGGAGGGGUAAAACUGGAGUGCUUGAUGGUUGCACUGAGGAGGCUGGGUCCUGCAGCAGCCCCAAGGUUCAGGUGUGAAAGUGAUGGCUGCCGUCUGGGAGUGCGUGACAGAAUCAGGGAGGUGUGGGGUGGUUGGGUUGGAAGGGUCCUUAAAGAUCAUAAAGGCACGAGAUGGUUGGGUUGGAAGGGUCCUUCAAGAUCAUAGAGCCACGGGAUGGUUGGGUUGGAAGGGUCCUUAAAGAUCAUAGAGGCAUAGAAUGGUUGGUUGGAAGGGUCCUUAAAGAUCAUAGAGCCAUGGAAUGGUUGGGUUGGAAGGGUCCUUAAAGAUCACAGAGCCACGGGAUGGUUGGGUUGGAAGGGUCCUUAAAGAUCAUAGAGCCACGGGAUGGUUGGGUUGGAAGGGUCCUUAAAGGUCAUAGAGCCAUGGAAUGGUUGGGUUGGAAGGGUCCUUAAAGAUCAUAGAGCUAUGGGAUGGUUGGGUUGGAAGGGUCCUUAGAGACCAUAGAGCCAUGGGAUGGUUGGUUGGAAGGGUCCUUAAAGAUCAUAGAGGCACAGGAUGGUUGGGUUGGAAGGGUCCUUAAAGAUCAUAGAGGCACGGGAUGGUUGGGUUGGAAGGGUCCUUAAAGAUCAUAGAGCAAUGGGAUGGUUGGGUUGGAAGGGUCCUUAGAGAUCAUAGAGCCACAGGAUGGUUGAGUUGGAAGGGUCCUUAAAGAUCAUAGAGCCAUGGGAUGGUUGGGUUGGAAGGGUCCUUAAAAGUCAUAGAGCCAUGGGAUGGUUGGGUUGGAAGGCUCCUUAAAGAUCAUAGAGGCACAGGAUGGUUGGGUUGGAAGGGUCCUUAAAGAUCAUAGAGGCAUGGGAUGGUUGGGUUGGAAGGGUCCUUAAAAGUCAUAGAGCCAUGGGAUGGUUGGGUUGGAAGGGUCCUUAAAGAUGACAGAACCAUGGAAUGGUUGGGUUGGAAGGGUCCUUAAAGAUCAUAGAGCCACAGGAUGGUUGGGUUGGAAGGGUCCUUAACGACCAUAGAGCCAUAGAAUGGUUGGGUUGGAAAGGUCUUUAAAUAUCAUAGAGGCACAGUAUGGUUGGGUUGGAAGGGUCCUUAAAGAUCAUAGAGACAUGGGAUGGUUGGGUUGGAAGGGUCCUUAAAGGUCAUAGAGCUGAAAUAAGUAAAGGAAUGCUGCUUGGGCAGAGGUGGACAGGCAGAGCCUAUGGAACAGGGGCAGCCCGGUGGGUCGCCUCCUUUGAGCGCUGUGUGGUUCAGGACCGGUGCUGGUUGUGCUGCACCAAAGCAGCCCCCUCCCAUAACAUCCCAUAACAUCCCUGUUUUGCUCUCUCACGAUGCCAUGCUGGCCUCAGGCAGUGGAUUUAUGGAGAAGAAUUUUGUACUUGUAUUGAACGGGUGAGGCAGGGGGGCAGGAGGUGUUUUGCGGCACGUGGCUCAGCCUUCUCCGGGUUGGUGCGAGGUGCUGUUGGGUGAGGAGGGAUCCGGGCUCUUCUGUGUGUCCUUGGGGCAGGAAUCUUCCAUCGGUGCACCCAGCUCUGCUUGCUGUGCUUGCAAGGCCUCCAGGUCUCCCCCCGUCGCUCCUGUUGAGUCCACAUCGUCGUCCAACCCAACACGCGUGCCUUGUUUCCAUUCGCACCCACCAGCCUUGGGCAGGUGUGGCUCUGCUCAUUGCCCUGUCCCUGUUGUGUCCCACUGGCAGCGUUCUGUUUCCACCUCUUCUAUCUCUUCCCAACCUUCCUCUGAGCACAAAGCGUGGCUGCGUCGCCGACCUGCGGGCACAGCUGUGACCCACAGGGAUUGCCAGUCCUCUGCAGGGCUCCUUAAUCAUAGAACCACAGAGCCAUAGAAUGGCCUGGGUUGCAGAGGCCCAUGGUGAGCAUCAGCUCCAAGCCCCUGCUGUGUGCAGGUCGCCAACCAGCAGCCCAGGCUGCCCACAGCCACAUCCAGCCUGGCCUCCAAUGCCUGCAGGGAUGGGGCAUCCACAGCCUCCUUGGGCAACCUGUGCCACUGCCUCACCGCCCUCUGCAUGAAAAACUUCCCCCUCAUAUCCAACCCAAACCUCCCCUGUCUCACUUUAAAGCCAUUCCCCUUGUCCCAUCACCAUCCACCCUCCAACAGCCGUUCCCCUCCUGUUUAUCCGCUCCCUUCAAGCACUGAAGGCCACCAUGAGGUCUCCCUGGAUCCUUCUCUUCUCCAAUCCAAUCAAUCCCAGUUCUCCCAACCUUUCCUCAUAGCAGAGCUGCUCCAGCCCUCUGCUCAUCUCAAUGCCCUCCUCUGGACCCGCUCCAAAAGCUCCAAGAGCUUCGCAGCUCCUGCUGUUCGGAUGGGGAUGCUCUGCUCAGCACUGGCCUGGUGCUCACGCGGUUGUCUGUGUCUGGUUGUGCUGCUGGCAGAGGUGAGAGCCGCGCUUCUCCUGCCCCACACAGCCCCACAGAGGGCAGCUCUCCCUGCUUGGCCCCCAGGAGCAGAGCUGGCGAUGUGGGACCGCGCGUCGUGGCGGCGGGGAGGCCAGGAGUGGUGAGCAGCGCAGAGCGAGGCGGUGCUGGCGGUUGUGUUCUGCAGGGGGGAGGACAGGAAUGAGGGGCAGGAGGAGCUCGUCGUUGUGGGGAAAGGUGAACAGCGGGGUCAGCGUUGCGUGUCAGCGUCCCGUUCGGUUUGGCAGAGUUGCCAAUUGCAUGAGAAGCACCGUGCUUAACGUGGUUUGCAGAAAACAUGGAAGCUGUGGGGGACACUGAGCCGUAGAAUCACAGAAUCGGGUUGGAUGAGGCCUCUCACAUCACCACUGCAUCCUGUCCCCACCACGUCCCCAAGCGCCCCAUGGAGGGUUCUCCCCAUAGGCAGCGAUGCUGUUUCCCACAGGGGACAUUUCCCAUGGGGACGUCAGUCCCUUGCAGCUCCACGUGGGGCCUGAAGUCCGAGGAAUGGUGAUGUUGGAGGGGAGAGCUGGGGGCUCCCAAGGCACCUCCAGGUCUGCCAUGGCUGGGAUGGGGGCUGUGCCAGCGCUGGGUCGUCCUCGCAGUGAAGAAACCAUUUGAUGCCUUCCUUGGAAAGUCUUCUGCCUGUAUUCUAAGCGUGCCCAUCGCUGCUUGUCCACUCUGGGCACCGCCUCCCCCUUCUUCAUUCCCUUCCAUCAGAUAUUCACACACUGAGAGCCGACAAAGCCUCCCUCCGGCUGAGCAGCCCCCGCUGUCCCAGUGCCUCAUCGCCAUCACGGCCAUCACCAUCAUCACCAUCACAGCCAUCACGUGUCCCAGUCCCUCAUCACCAUCACAGCCAUCACCAUCAUCACCAUCACGGCCAUCACAUGUCCCAGUCCGUCCUCACCAUCACAGCCAUCUCGUGUCCCAGUCCCUCAUCACCAUCACAGCCAUCACCGUCAUCACCAUCACAGCCAUCAUGUGUCCCAGUCCCUCAUCACAGCCAUCACGUGUCCCAAUCCCUCCUCACCAUCACGGCCAUCACGUGUCCCAGUCCCUCCUCACCAUCACAACCAUCACCAUCAUCACCAUCAUCACCAUCACGUGUCCCAGUCCCUCCUCAUCACCAUCACGGCCAUCACCAUCAUCACCAUCACAGCCAUCACCAUCAUCACCAUCACAGCCAUCACAUGUCCCAGUCCAUCCUCACCAUCACAGCCAUCUCGUGUCCCAGUCCCUCAUCACAGCCAUCACGUGUCCCAGUCCCUCAUCCCCAUCACAGCCAUCACGUGUCCCAAUCCCUCCUCACCAUCACGGCCAUCACGUGUCCCAGUCCCUCCUCACCAUCACAACCAUCACCAUCAUCACCAUCAUCACCAUCACGUGUCCCAGUCCCUCCUCAUCACCAUCACAACCAUCACCAUCAUCCCCAUCACGGCCAUAUCGUGUCCCAGUCCCUCAUCAUGGCCAUCACGUGUCCCAGUCCCUCAUCACCAUCACAGCCAUCUUGUGUCCCAGUCCUUCAUCACCAUCACAACCAUCACCAUCAUCACCAUCACAGCCAUCUUGUGUCCCAGUCCUUCAUCACCAUCACAGCCAUCACCAUCAUCACCAUCACAGCCAUCAUGUGUCCCAGUCCCUCAUCACCAUCACAGCCAUCACGUGUCCCAGUCCUUCAUCACUGCCAUCACGUGUCCCAGUCCCUCAUCACUGCCAUCACGUGUCCCAGUCCCUCAUCACCAUCACAACCAUCACCAUCAUCACCAUCACAGCCAUCACGUAUCCCAGUCCUUCAUCACCAUCACAGCCAUCUCGUGUCCCAGUCCCUCCUCACCAUCACAACCAUCACCAUCAUCACCAUCAUCACCAUCACGUGUCCCAGUCCCUCAUCACUGCCAUCACGUGUCCCAGUCCCUCAUUGCCAUCACAGCCAUCACAUGUCCCAGUCCCUCAUCACCAUCACAGCCAUCUCGUGUCCCAGUCCCUCAUCACCAUCACAGCCAUCACCAUCAUCACCAUCACAGCCAUCACGUGUCCCAGUCCCUCCUCACCAUCACGUGUCCCAGUCCCUCAUCACAGCCAUCUCGUGUCCCAGUCCUUCAUCACCAUCACGGCCAUCACCAUCAUCACCAUCAUGGCCAUCACGUGUCCCAGUCCCUCAUCACGGCCAUCUCGUGUCCCAGUCCCUCAUCACCAUCACAGCCAUCACCAUCAUCACCAUCACAGCCAUCACAUGUCCCAGUCCGUCCUCACCAUCACAGCCAUCUCGUGUCCCAGUCCCUCAUCACCAUCACAACCAUCACCAUCAUCACCAUCACUGCCAUCACGUGUCCCAGUCCCUCAUCACCAUCACGGCCAUCACGUGUCCCAGUCCCUCCUCACCAUCACAGCCAUCACGUGUCCCAGUCCCUCAUCACCAUCACGUGUCCCAGUCCCUCCUCACCAUCACAGCCAUCACCAUCAUCACCAUCACAGCCAUCACGUGUCCCAGUCCCUCAUCACCAUCACAACCAUCACCAUCAUCACCAUCACUGCCAUCACGUGUCCCAGUCCCUCAUCACAGCCAUCACGUGUCCCAGUCCCUCCUCACCAUCACGUGUCCCAGUCCCUCCUCACCAUCACAGCCAUCACGUGUCCCAGUCCCUCAUCACCAUCACAACCAUCACCAUCAUCACCAUCAUGGCCAUCUCGUGUCCCAGUCCCUCAUCACAGCCAUCACAGCCAUCACGUGUCCCAGUCCCUCCUCACCAUCACAACCCUCUCUUGUCUCUCCCGGACCCCACAUCCCUCUUGCAGUGGGGAUCCCAGCAGUGCCCCAGGCCCUGGAUGAGCCCUCGCUGGGAUCAGCUCUGUGAGCGGCCCCAGGACAGGCUGCUGGCUCCUGGUCCUGCAGCACGGGCUUCUCCCACCCCCUCAGGUGCAGGAUUUUGCUCUUCUCUUUGCUGGGCUUCCUGAGUUCUCCCCCAGCUCGUGUCUCUGAUCACUGUGGUCCUCGCAGCCGUUGGGUGCAUCUGUCCCUGCGCCCUACUUGUCAACAAUCAGCUGAGGGGAUCCUUUUCCCCAUCAUCGGGGGGAUGAAAGAGGACAUUGGGAAUUGCCGGCCAUGGCAGCACCCAGCAGCACCCACAGUUGUGCAGCGUGCGCUGCUGCAGCCCCACAUCUCUGCACUGGGGGUCCUGGCUGUGCGCUCACCUCAGUCGCUCCCAUUGCAGCCACGUUUCCCUGCCAUUCAGCAGCAGUGCGGCCCUUCGUGCUCUGAGCUUUGCUUUGCAGGUUUCCUUCCCUUUCUCUUCCGCCCUUCCCUUCCGUGUUCUGUUUGCAGAGCCGGACGUGGAGGUUCUGACAGGCCAAAUCCCUUUGAAAGGAGAGAGCUGGAGGGGCGCGACGCCAUCUGUGUGUGCAGGGGGAACUCAGCAUCUCCAACUGCAUUUAGGCAAAGAGAGAGGAGCAAUGCCUGCCUGCUGCCCUCCCUGCCCAUGGCCGUAACCUCUGGGCUCUCUGGGUGCUGCUGGAGAACCACAAGUGCGGCCCCACAGCUUUGGAGGAGGUCUUGGUGGGAGGAGAAUCAGAGAACCAGAGAACGGCCUGGGUUGAUAAGGACCACCAUGACCAUCUCGUCUCAAACCCCCCUGCCGUGUGCAGGGGUUGCCAACCACCAGACCAGGCUGCCCGGAGCCACAUCCAGCCUUGGAGAAUCCUUUUGCAGCUCCGUGAUGAGCGCUGGUGAUGUUUUGGAGGGAGGAUGAAAACGUUUGGGCACCGGGAGCGCUGGAAGCGAGAGCAAGCGGCGGAGUUCCUGCAGUCGCUGGGUCUGGUUACUGCUGAAUGAAUUGGGACUGAAAUACCAAGAUGAAAGAAAGGAGGCUCAGCCGUCAGUGCCGUUAAUCGUCAGAGUGUUCCCAAAGGGUUCCAUUAGCAGCCAGGCAAACACAGCAUCCCUCUUUGCUUGGUGAGAACGCGCCUUCCUCGUGAGAUGCUUCCCAUGAGAGCUGUGCCUCUUUGUGCUGAUUGCAGCCUGCGCUGUGGGACGUGUGCUGGGUCCUGGAGGCAGAGCUGUGGCAGCCGCCGUCUCCUUGCUGCUGUGGUCCUCCAAGGUGCAGCCGGAGCAUCGCUGCGCACAGGAGACGAAGAAAGCACUUCAUUUUCCCUACAAAGCUUCUGGGUUGUGUUUACACAGUGGGGCCCAAAGGAGCAGCGGGCAGCACUGAAGAGGCCUGGUGCAAUUGAUUGUAAGCUGGGGAACUACAGGCCGGUGAGUCUCAGCUCCGUGCCUGGGAAGAUGAUGGAACAGAUCCUCCUGGACAACAUGUUUGGUCACAUAAAGAAUGAGCAUGGGAUCCGAGACAGCACGGCUUCACCAAAGGAAGGCCAUGCCUAACAAAUCUUGUGGCCUUCUAUGAUGGAGUGACGGCAUUGGUGGACGAAGGGAAGGCGAGCGAUGUCAUUUACCUGGACCUGAGCAAGGCCUUUGACAUGGUCCCACACCACAUCCUCAUCUCCAAAUUGGAGGGAAGUGGAUUUGAUGGGUGGACGAGCCGAUGGAUGAGCAAUUGGUUGAAAGGCCGCAGACAGAGGGUGGUGGUCAAUGGCUCUGUGUCCAGGCAAAGCCCUGCACGGCAUCACAGGGCAGCACUCAAAGAUGGAGCAGCGCCUGGAGACAGGGCAGCGUUUGGCCUCAGCUUGGUCCUGGUGUGUCGGUGUGAGUGUGCAGCCCUGUGGCCAAUCUCAUCGUGCGCCAACGCGAAGCCACGGCGAGGAGCACUGAUCCAGAAGCAGCCCUGCGAGCAGACGUCACUGCUCUGCGUAAUGCAUCAGAAGGGAGGCGGUGCUGGGCCGUGGCUCGUGAAGGAUCCCAUCCAGAAACGCUUCCCUGGCUCAGAGCAGAGCUGAGUGCCUGUGAGCAAAGUGCCAAUGGAGAAAUCAUCUUCCAGAGCCGGGCCGUAGGGAGCAGCGUCCUCUAUGGCACAGCACUGCUGGCGGAGCGGAGCUCCCACAGGACAGCCGACCAUCCUCCGUGCUGAAGAGGAUGUGCUCUGCAGAGCUCUUUCCUGAGCUAACCUGACCCUGGAAGCCACUGGACAGCAAAGGAGCUGUGCUGAGAGCCACGGAGUCCUUGCAGCUCUGCACCCUCACAGGCAGUGACAGCAGUGCUGAGGUCGCUGCAUCCGCGCACGCCAACCUUACCUGGCUGUGGGGAGAGGGGUGGCGGUGACAGCAGGGCAGAUGGACAGCAGGGUCUCUCUGUGCCCACCUGUGGGGAUUUCCAGCUCCUCUGCAGGGAUGCCAAGCGCUUGUGAAGCCAACUGAAAUUCAAAGAAGCUCAGGACGAAUUGCAGCAUAAGUGGGGCAGAAUCUGCCCUGUCUGAACCCCCAUCUCAGCUCCUGGGUCCUCAGCCUGGAAGCUCUCAGAAUCAUUCAGGUGGAGAAGAGCUCUGAGAACCCCAGUGCGACCCCAACCCAUCCCACUGCCCACGUCCCCCAGUGCCACAGUGCUCACCAAACACCCCCAGGGAUGGGGGCUGCCCUGGGCAGCUGUGCAGUGCUGAUUGCAGCGCAGGUUGUUCCCAAUUCCAACCCUCCCCGCUGCACCCUGAGCCCAUCCCCUCACUGCACAACGCCGCGUGUUGCUGUCCUCUGAAAUCCUCUCUGCAGAGGUCGUCGUUCAUCCUCCAUCAAGAUUCAUUCACAUUUGGACACAGAUUUUGGCUUGUUCUGCAAGUUCCAGCCCUCAGACCGUAACUAAUUGCAUCCCUCAGCAGCGAGGCAUCGCAUCGCUCCUGGCAGGCCGCAGCCCUGUCCUCCUCCUGCAUUUGGCACCAAAGUGCCUGCUGGGCUGCCAGCUCCCUGAGCAGGGCAGGGAUGACAGCUGGGUGUCACCUGCUGCCCGCUGAGCAUUCCUGCAUGGCAUCCUUGCUCUCUCCCACUGCAGUCUCUCCUUUCCCAACCUCUGGAAGCAGUGCCCCUCUCCGUCCCAUCUUCGCCGGGCUGAGCGAGCUCUUGGCAACCAGCUGCCACUGCCUGCAGCCUCACCUCUUCACAUGAACGUGGGGGAACCCAAAUUCCAGCAGCAGAGAUGGCAGCGGUGUCUGCUGCGGUGAUGUGAGUUCACAUGUAGGUCUCGAGGCACCCCUGCUGUGCCAGCAGACCCAGAACUUUCUCCUCCUUCAUCCUUUCCUACAGAUGAGCUCUGGCUGAAAGCAGAGAUCCUUUGCCAGCCCCGUGAGCUGCGUUCCGUCCCUUCGUGUUCUGUUUCUCGUACCGCAGCCCUCAAGGUCGUUCAGUUGUUCCUCUUUCGUACCGAUGGCGCUUCCCAAGUGUGACUCACCGUCACGCUCCUUUCUAACUCCUGCUUUCUGUGCCAAGGUGGGAAGAGGAUCAGCGCAAGAGGCAGCGUGGCUGAGCCCACGGGCUGCCCUUCCUGUUCCUGUGGAUAGGAAUCUAUUCACCAUCUUCAGUUAGCGCCUCUGGGCCUCUCAGAGCGCGGCUCUCACGCAGCGCCUGCGUUGGUGGCUUUGGGCACUGAGUGCAUUUCUGUAGCCGUCGCUUUGUUCCAGGAGGGGAAGGCAGAGCUGCAGGGUGCCGUGGUGCCCCGGCGCCUUCCUGCCCCUCCGUGGCUGGGCUGGAGGUUGGGUUGCAGACCAGCCAGGGGCAACGCGCUCCAUUGGCUGCUUGUUGGCCAAAGCACAGCCUAGUCAAAGAGCGGCAGGCAGGGCAGCUGGAGGCAGCAUGGGGCAGAAGUGGCUGAGCUGGAUGCCGGGUGCACAGAAGGACCGCGCAGAGUCCCAUGGCCCCGCUCAGCACCGAGGCCCCAAUGGCCCCACAGGAUGCCACCUCUGGGCUCCCCAGGCCGAGGGGCUCGCUCCGGUCAGAGCACUUCAGGCAGUUGCCCUCUGCUGUUUUUAUGUUCCGUUUAUUUUCCCGUUGGGAGCAUCCUUGUUUACGCCAGGUGAGGUUUAUGACAAGCGGGUGAUGGCAGAAGGGAGGCGUUCUUGCAGCACCGUUUGUCUCCUGUCACAUCCUCCAGUCUGGUGCAGAGCAGACCUUGGCCGGUGCCCAGGGACACGGCGCAUCCCCGGCGCUGCUGCAGAAGGGACUGGCCCAGCACCACGCUGCUCUCACACAGCCCUGCAGGUCGGAGCAUUUAUGCUUAUGGGGGCAGAGCAGGAUGUAGACAGGUCAGGCCUCUCCCUGCCCCACGCACAGCCCGCAGCAGAGCUCAGCCCCAUUCUGCGACGGUCGGAUCCUGCUGCCCCACGCCCGGAGCCUCGCGCCGGUGCCUGGGGAGGUGCUGGAAGUCCCUGUCGUCCUACAGUGGGGCUCUGUCCCCAUGGCAGAUGUGCUCAGGCGGUUGUGCGUUGCUCUGGCUGUGCCUGGCGCUCUGCUUUAGUGAGGGGAGGUGGUCCCAGCCAGAGGGGGCAGGCGGCGGUGCGAGGUCCUCAGUGUGGCACUUCCCAGUGAAUCCACAGAGGGCUGCAGGGCCAGGGCUGCUCCCAGGAGGGCUUUGGGU